AUGGGGACUGAGGGCUGGCAUUGCGAGGGCACCUGGAGGUCACGGCUGUGGGGACAGAGCUGCUUCGGCAGUGAAAACCCAAUCAGUGUCAGCUGGCGAGGAGAUUGGAUUGGUGGCAUGUCCUCUGCGGAGGUGAGGCUCCGCAGUAUGGUGUGGGCAGAGCAUGUCCCCUGUGGAGGUGAGGCUCUGCAGUCUGGUGUGGACAGGGUCUUGUCCGCCUGCAGAGGUGAGGCUCUGCAGUCUGAUGUGGACAGGUUCCUUUCCCCCUGCGGAGGGCAUGUUCCCUGUGGAGGUGAGGAUCUGCAGUGUGGUGUGGACAGUGUCGUGUCCCCUGUGGAGGUGACGGUCUGCAGUUUGGUGUGGGCAGGGCAUGUUCCCUGUGGAGGUGAGGAUCUGCAGUGUGGUGUGGACAGUGUCGUGUCCCCUGUGGAGGUGACGGUCUGCAGUUUGGAGCUCGGUGGCCCCAACAUUCGCAGCUUGGCACCUUACACCCAACGUGGCAGCAUUAACAGGCCCUCACAGGAGCCACCUCUUCCCGGCCUGCAGAACCGGGAGGAAGCGUGUUGUGCGGCUGAGGAAGCACCCAGGCUACAGUGUUUGGUUAUAGCGGCCUCGGCACUGGAAGACGCGGAUGUCUGCGGGCGCGGCGUGGACACAGUGGAUGGAAGUCCCCGAAGACCCGCCCGUCCCCUGUCCCAGUACCCUGCCCUGCGGGGCGCUGGCGGUGGCCCCCCCAGGAAGCAAGAGCGCGCGGGCGGGAAGCAGGGAUCCCAGCCCAGGGCAUCAGUCCGGGGACCGGUCCCCACAGCGACCCCGGUGAGGAGAAGGCCCGACCCAGCGCCUCCCCGGAAGGGGGAAACCGACCUGGGAGGAGCUGCCCAGGUCCCCGCAGACGCCUCGCGCUCCCUGCCCCGCACCCUCGCCCGCUCCCGUCUCUCCUCCGCUCCCCUCCCGGCUCCCCUCCCCUCCCUCCCCUCCCCUGGCCUCCCUGCUCGCCUUUCACCUCCCGUCCCCUGGCCUCCCUGCUUGCCUCUCACCUCCCCUCCCCUGGCCUCCCUGCUCGCCUCUCACCUCCCCUCCCGGCUCCCCUCCCCUCCUCUGGCCUUCCUGCUCCCCCAUCUCCUCUCCUCCUCUCCCCUCCCCUCCCCUCCCCUUGCCUCCCUGCUAGACUCCCCCACCUCCUCCUGCAGUGUUUGCCUCCGGCCUUCCCUAGAUUCCCACGCAGGCCUCACCCUGCAGCACAGAAGCCAGAUGACUCUGCCUGCUCUAGAGUGAAUGGACCCGGCGCGGGAGGGAGGGAGGGAGGGAGGCCUCUGGGCUCGGGCCCCAGCCGGCCUCCUCCUUGGGACCCUGCCCCGAGGGUGGCCCGAGCAGAAAAAAGAAAAAGCGGGGAGGGGGAGGUACACAUGUCUCAUUUUCUUUGAAAAGUAAGUAAGGCACCAUAAAUGGUGGCCUUUUUCAGGGGCCAGGGAGGCCUUGGCCACGCCGGUGAGUGCGAAAGGCGCGUGUUCUCCCGCCGGGCAGAGCGCGGGCACCCGAUGAGUUCUGCCUCCUGGAUGGUCUAGGAGUCCCUCCCUCUUUCCCUUUGCAGUGGCGAGGACUCUGCCUGUGCUUUGCAUCCAAAAGCAUGUGCCUUCGAUUAUUUUUUUCUAUUGAAUUAAUAAAGGAGCUGUGGUGACUGAUAAAGUGUUUAUUUUUAUAUUUUUCAUAUAAAACAGAUUGAACAUAGCCGGGUGCGGUGGCUCAAGCCUGUAAUCCCAGCACUUUGGGGAGGCCGAGGAGGGUGGAUCACGGGGUCAAGAGAUCAAGACCAUCCUGGUCAACAUGGUGAAACCCCGUCUCUACUACAAAUACAAAAAAAUAGCUGGGCAUGGUGGCGCGUGCCUGUAAUCCCAGCUACUCAGGAGGCUGAGGCAGGAGAAUUGCCUGAACCCAGGAGGCGGAAGUUGUGGUGAGCCGAGAUCUAGCCAUUGCACUCCAGCCUGGGUAACAAGAGCGAAACUCCGUCUCAAAACAAAACAAAACAAAACAGAUUGAAUAUAACAUUUGCUGGCCCGCCUAUUCUUCCUUGUGGCAAUUUUAGUCUUUUUAAAAAGUGGUUAAUGGCAAUGCAUUUCAAAGUGAAAUAUGACGCGGUGUCUGGGGAACGUUGGAGGAGCACAUUCUGCUUGCUUUUGAUGAGCCCUUCUUUUCCUGUGGUUGCUGGAACACAAAAUAUUCAGUUGUUCUGUUUAGGAAUGUCAUAGCUCAUGCCUUUUUUGGCAACUUCUCAACAUUGAAAAGAAAAUCAAUUUUUUAUGAUUUGUUCUUGAGCAUGUAAUAAUGUGCAUUAAACUCUAAAGACUAGGAAAUUGAUUUUUCUUUGAAGUCGUAAUUCCCCUAGUGCUUAAAACAAAAGUAUUGUUUGAUGCAUGACUUAGAGAAAACCAUUUGAUCUGCAUUAUUCCUGGAUAGUUUAGUUGUCCUGUGACCUACUAGAAUGAGUUGAGCUGGGCGCGGUGGCUCACUCCUGUAAUCCCAGCACUUUGGGAGGCCGAAGCGGGUGGAUCACGAGGUCAAGAGAUCGAGACCAUCCUGGUCAACAUGGUGAAACCCCAUCUCUACUAAAAAUGCAAAAAAAUUAGCUGAGCACUGUGGCGCGUGCCUGUAAUCCCAGCUACUCAGGAGGCUGAGGCAGGAGAAUUGCGUGAACCCAGGAGGCGGAGGUUGCGGUGAGCCGAGAUGGCGCCAUUGCACUCCAUCCUGGGUAACAAGAACGAAACUCCGUCUCAAAAAAAAAAAAAAAGAGAGAAUGAAUUGAAUGCUCCAAAGAGAAGUUUUCCAAAGGGUUUUUAUGACUUCUUCAAAAAACCAUAUUCUAAUUACCGGCUACAAGACUAGAGAAAAUCUGUGGCCUGAAAAACAUUUCUCCGGAAUGUGGAGUUGCAGAGAGUAUCGUAUUCAGACUCUUGAAAAUGAGGAAUUGCCCUUAAUAGAUCUUGAUGACUGGCAUCUAUAAGCACUUAUAUGCAUGGAAUUCUUGGAACAUAUUCAGUUUCUUAAUAAAGUCCAGGUGACUAAUUUUGCUGUUGAAUGGGUAGAAACAAGCAUUAGCCUGGUCUGGCUUUCUCCAGCUCUUAGGACAAGUUGGAACAGAUUUGCUCUUCUGAUGGUUCAUCUUUCUGAUUAGAGGGAUAGCAGAACUCAGCUUUGAAGAAAGGCAUCUGCAAAGAUCAUGGCAGUUCCAUUUUGUAUUCUGAGUUUGCUCCUUUUUGUAAGGGAACCAGAAUGCAGGUGCCGUUAGAAGCACACACUCUCUCUCUCUCUCUCUCUCUCUCUCUCUCUCUCUCUCUCUCUCUCUCUCUCUCUCUCUCUCUCUCUCUCCUCUCCCUCCUUAAACUUAUUGCACUGAUGCUCACCUUAAAACCUGGUUUUUACUUAAGAAGAUUUUAUGUCCACCUUUCCAAAGGCCUAACUCUGGAAAGAAAUCAGAGAUGAAUGACAGUGGAAAUGCAAUGGUGAUGGCUGGCAUUGGCUCCAUGGCAGCCGAGCACCAGAUGCUGUCACGAGUCUUACAUGGAUGAGAUCAUGUAAGGUUCACAGUGACCCUGUGAGAUGAAAAUAUCAUUUUGCCUGUUCCACAGUGGGAGAAAAACUACAGAGAUAAGAAGAUUGGCAGAGCCAAGCUACACAUUGAGAAAACGGUACCUGCUUUUCCUCUGUUACUGUCUUUUGAGCAAAGAUCUUUCUUUGUGUAUUUGACCUCUUGCGCUUCUGCUGCAUCUGUAUCAUAGGACACAAUUCAAUACAGAAACAUGUGCAGGCACAGGGGAAUAUGUGCAGGGGAAUUACAUAGGACUGUUUUUGUUUAAUUAUCUAAACUGAAGGAAGUGUAUUCACCAUCAAAUUAAGAAGACGGUUUCCAUUGCAUUCUUCUGUUUUUAAUGUGCAAUAUUCUUUCAAACUGAAUAAAGGCCCACGUGAAUUAGCUUUAAGUGCAUUUUAUUCAAACUUGAAAUUCACUUAACUAUCAAACUCUUAUUGUAAAAGAGCUACACUGAAUGUCCCCCUCUCUGUCUUCCCCCACCUUUUCUCUUUGCCCUUCCCCCUUUUUAAUGUGAUCUUCUUAUUUUACUUAACCAGCUGACAGAGCAGUGGCUUCCAGGAAUAAAUGGCACAAUAUUUUGUGUACCUAAAAUAGAAGUUAGGAUGUCCAGUUAUGUAACAGACCUCGAUAAACAGUCUUGUGGUGACACUGGGUAAUGUUUGCUUGGGUGUCACUUCUAGAAGACAGUGUUUAAAUAAUAUCCUGAGCACAUUUAUUUGCGUUAUGAACCUAAAUAACAAAUACUCUAAAAAAAACACGUUUAUUUGCAUUGCAGUGGGAAUACAUGUGCAGUGGCAAAGUCUGCGUGAUUCAGGGAGCUGAAGGAAGACAAAGGCUUUUAAAGGAAAAAUGAGGAGGAUUAUACAGUGUUUAGAGAUAAUUAUCCUUAGCACAGUGAUCAAUACCAAGGAUGGUGCCAGUUGGAGGCUGGACAGGCAGUUGCUGGGCAGGUGUUCCUCACAGAAGCGUGUGUGUGUGUGUGUGUGUGGCUGUGAUGUAUCUGUGUGUGUAUGUACCUGUGUGUAUGUGUGUGUAUGUAUGUGUGUGUGUGUGGGUUGUGAUGGCCUCUUGGUGAGGUUGUGAUUUUUGCAGUCUUCUGUAGUAGCUCUUGUUGUCAGGCUUUUGUACAUGAAAAUUCUCCCUUCGUGGCCUUCCCUGGCUCUAUUUUUCAGCAUUUUAACCCAAGUGACUCCAUUUUGAUUCUGACAAACUUCACAGUACUCAUUAUUUAAACACCACCAUCUUAAUUACACUACAAAAUGAUGUCACACAGAGUGUGGCUUUAAACUAAAAGGGCCGUUUAUACCGUAAGUAAUGUUUCCAUGGGAAACGGCUUCCCGAGUUCCCCCAACAUGUGGAUCCAAACUCCCUUUCAAUAAUGUUAUGAGGGUGUUUCAUUUUUAACUACCCAUACACUGAGCAUUUAUUUUUUUUUUAAAAAAACAGCAUUAUUGAGGUGUAAUUCAAAUGACGUACAAUUCACCCACUUAAAGUGUACAAUGCCAUCUUUUUUAUUAUAUUCCUGGUACAUGCAACUAUCCCAGCAGUCAAUCUACAACACUGACUUCACCUCAAAAAGAAACCUGUAUCCUUUACCAACCCCUCCCAUCCCCCCACAGCCCUCUGCAAUCACUGGCUCACUUCCUGUCUCUAGGGUUCGCCCUUCCAGAGAUUUCAUCUGAAUGGAAUCCUUUAUGUGAUCUUUUGUGUCCAGAUUCUUUCAUGUUUUCAGGGUUCAUCCAUGUUGUAGCAUAUAUCAGUGCUUUAUUCUUUUUUAUAUAUUAUAUUAAAAUACAGCUAAGUAAUAUCCCAUUGUAUAGAAUGUACACAUUUGUUAUAUAAUUGUCUUUAUAAUAAUAUACACAUUUUGUUAUAUAUAAAAUACACCACAUUUUGCUAACCCGUUCAUCUGUUGGUAGAUGUUUGGGUUUAUAGCUUUUUGGCCAUCAUGAAUAACUCUACCAUAAACAAAAAGUG